AUGAGAGCUCGUACACAGAUUCCGCAGACAUUAUCAUACGUUGAAGGGGCGACAAUCCUUCUUCGCGGAGGGGGCGACAGGGGACCAAUCUGUCUGCAAACUAUAGUAUUUUGUGGCAUCGAUCGUAGCAUGCCUGGUGUCUGGUGCUUUCUCUAUGCAGGAGGUGAUACCGUUCUGUCGGGCUUGUCGUCGUUGUUGUCGCGGGACGUUGCAAACUUUGUCGGGGGUGAUAGGCGACCCAUAACCUAUCGGUGGCUGUGGUGUUGA